AUGUGGCUUCAGCCGAAGGUCCGAAGCAACAAUAGCGCCCCCGGCGUGGCUCGGCCGGCUCACGUACUAGCGGCCCCCCGCCGCAGCGCGCGCCGCGACCGCCACGCAGUCUUCCCGCGCGGUCCGCACGUGUGUCUAGCGUGCCUUCACAUCGGACUCCAACUAAUCGUUUUCGAUCAAACUCGUUGUAAUUCCUCACGUAAAAGUGCGAUUUUAUAU